AACUAUUUUUCUUUAUUUUCAGGUGUCUUUUGUUUUUUCCUAGUCUCAUGCAGUUUCUGUUACGCGUCGGAAUGUCAAAAGAAUAUAUACUUCAAAGAUGCUGGACCUCUCGUAGAGACCAGCACCGGUUCCAUUGUUGGAAAGUAUGUUAAAGUCUUCGACACAGAUGUUGCUUCUUUCUUAGGUAUCCCUUUCGCUGAACCACCUGUUGCUGACAAGCGAUUUUUGAAGACAGACCCUAUAGCGCCAUGGGAUGGUCUACUGAAAGCGACCAAAAUGCCACCGCCUUGCAUUCAAUAUUCGAGUCGAAAUUUUGGCUGGAUUCCUGCGUCGGAAGCCAGCGAAAAUUGCUUGUUUUUGAAUAUCUGGACUCCAGUCGCGUGCUGUUCCAAUCCUUCUGGAAGAUUUCCGGUUCUGGUUUGGAUUUAUGGAGGAGGUUUCUAUUCUGGAUCUACGGACAUCGACGCUUAUGAUGGUAGCAUAAUGGCAUCUUACGGCAAUGCUAUUAUCGUAAGCAUCAACUACAGAGUUGGAAUUUUCGGGUUUCUCAAUGAUGGCACAGAUGAUGCUCCAGGAAAUUCUGGUAUGCAUGAUCAGCUUUUAGCUUUGAAAUGGAUCCAAAAGAAUAUUCAGUACUUUGGAGGUGAUCCGCAGUCUAUUACACUCUUUGGUGAGAGUGCUGGCUCUAUGUCCAUUGGUUUGCACAUGAUUUCCCCAAUGUCCAAAGACCUUUUUCACAGAGCUAUAUUGCAAAGUGGAGCACCGUAUAAUCUGGCGGUUACAGACAGUCGUGCCAUUGCUCAAUUCAAACUCAAAGCCUUUGGUGAAGCUGUCGGUUGUAUCUCUGAUAGCAGCACCGAAGAAUACAGUGCUUCUCAGGUUUUGGCCUGCAUCAAAAGUAAAGAUUCUUUAGAACUAGCCAAAGCUGAAAAUAAUUUCACGUCCAAAUUUCCAAGCUUCUUUAUUCCAACACACGGGGACGAAUUUCUACCAAAAUCACCUGUAGAAAUGUUAGAAUCUGGUAGUUUUCAAGACGUGGACGUUUUGAUUGGUAACAAUCAGAAUGAGGGAUCUGUCUUCCUUAGUUAUAUCAUACCCGAGCUGUUUCCUUUAGACGCAAAACCUCCGGUUUCGAAGGAAAUUGCAGAGAAGAUAGUUAUUAAACUGUUUGAAAAGAUUCCGAAUUUUCCUGCUGAUGAAAUAUUUCAGUAUUAUUUCCAACAUAUUCCUGAAGAAGAUACAGACGCCAUUGUGAAAGCUAUCGCUGAUAGCUUUGGUGAUUUCGUUUUCGUAUGUCCAACACUGUUCUUUGCAGAGAAAAUUAAAAAUGUAUAUGCUUACUGGAACACUCAUCGCUCCUUGAGAAGCAAUUUCGCCGACUGGCUUGGUGUAACUCAUUUUGAUGAAGUCCCCUUUGUAUUCGGAGAGCCGAUUCUUGACACCUAUAAUUACACACCAGAGGAUAGCAGAUAUAGUGCCGAUUUGAUCCGAAAAUGGGUUUCAUUUGCACGUAGCGGAAAUCCACUUGGAGAGGAAGGAAGCAAAUUAAAUUGGCCAAAAUUUACAGCUGAAAACCCUCAAGUCUUGGUGCUAAAUCCUAGAUUAAGCACCAACACGACUUUUCCCCGACUGUCCCAAUGUGAAUUUUGGAGGCCGUUUUUUACUCAGCUAUUGAGGAAUAGCACAGUUUCUGGAUGAACACAGUGUAUUUGUUUUCAUUUGUAAAAUACAACCGUAUUUCUUUCAAUCUUGGAUUUUAUCAUUAUCAAACUUUUCAAAGAAUUUCCCGACUAUUCAGGUGGACAAUAAAAAGCUACUCGAAUGCCGAAAAUGCUUUGAAUGCCGUAUUUGGAAUCAUUUGUGUAAUAGAUUUUAACUCCAUUAAAGGUCCAACACCUGAUUGUAUUUA